GUAUUUAAAGUUGAAGGUUUCUGUACACAUGCGGGAAGAUGUUGGCUGUGGACACAGGAAUUGUAGAGGAGUGGUUAUCCGAGUUCAAGACCCUUCCAGAAUCAUCUAUAUCUAGCUAUGCUACAAAUUUGAAAGACAAGAGUUCUCUGGUUUCAUCUUUAUAUAAAGUUAUCCGGGAGCCACAGAGUGAGCUGUUAGAGCCAGUUUGCCACCAGCUUUUUGAGUUCUAUCGCAGUGGAGAGGAACGACUACUACGAUUCACCCUGCAGUUUCUGCCAGAAUUGAUGUGGUGUUACCUUGCAGUCUCAGCCAGCAGAGAUCUGCAGAGCAGUGGUUGUAUAGAGGCUCUUCUUCUAGGAAUUUAUAACUUGGAAAUAGUUAACAAACAGGGUCAUAGUAAAGUGCUGAGUUUCACAAUUCCAUCCUUGUCCAAACCUUCAGUGUAUCAUGAACCUUCCAGCAUUGGUUCCAUGGCUCUUACAGAGGGAGCUUUAUCCCAGCAUGGUUUGUCCAGGGUGGUGUACAGUGGACCUCAUCCUCAAAGAGAGAUGUUAACAGCGCAAAAUAGGUUUUUGAAUAUUUUGUUUUUAGUUUUGAAUUACUAUGCUGCCUUAAGCUACAUGCCUGCAAUUUCUCUUCAAUCAUUGUGUCAGAUUUGCUCAAGGAUCUGUGUCUGUGGAUAUCCUCGGCAACAAGUAAGGAAAUACAAAGGCGUAAAUAGUAGAAUUCCAGUUUCUUCUGAAUUCAUGGUGCAAAUGCUGACUGGGAUUUAUUAUGCCUUUUAUAACGGAGAAUGGGAUCUAGCUCGUAAAGCAAUGGAUGACAUUUUAUAUAGAGCUCAGCUGGAGUUGUAUCCAGAACCACUGCUGGUUGCUAAUGCAAUAAAGGCCUCACUGCCUCAAGGUGCCAUGAAAUCUAGUAAAGAAGGUACAAGAUGCAUUCAGGUUGAAAUUACACCUACUUCAUCAAGAAUAUCAAGGAAUGCUGUCACUAGCAUGUCCAUCCGGGGGCAUAGAUGGAAGAGACGUGAACAACCAGAGACUGGUAAUGAUUCUCCUGAAAUGGGAAACUUUGUCAUACCUGAGAUUAGUGUCACAAAUGUGGCUGGAGAGAGAACCGGGAAUGGGGAAAAAUGCAGAGCACUAACAGAAAAUGAUUCUCAGCAUGUACAGGGUGUGCAGGAAACAGCUACAGAUACUAGAACUGACAGCAAAGUCAUGCCAGAAAUCAGGAGGCAAAAAUCUGUAAGAAAAAUGAUGGAAGAUGGAAUAAACUCAUCUGGCAGAGUGCAGUUUUAUUUUCUGUAUGAUAAUGAUCUAGCAAUUCCAGAAGAACUGAUAGAAGUAUCUGAGGUUGAUGAAGGGUUUUACUCUAGAGCUACUUCUAGCACAAGCCAAUCUGCCUUAUCAAACAGCAACAACACCAGCAACAAGAUCCUUUUAGGGAAGAGCCAACGAAGGUCUGGAGGAGGCAAACCUGGGGGGAAAGAAAAAGAAACUUUUGGGGAAUCCUGCAAAGAAGAUUUUUCUCGAAAACAAACUCAGAGAGCCAUGAGUGAGAAUUUAGAUCUUUUGUCUUUAAAGAGACUAACAUUAACUACGAGCCAGUCGCUGCCUAAGCCUGGCAGUCAUAGUUUAGCUAGAACUACCACUACUGUUUUUAGUAAAUCCUUUGAGCAGGUCAGCGGUAUCACGGUUUCAAAUAACCGUAAUGGUGGAAAUGGUACUGAAGUAAAUAGGUUUUCAGCAUGUAGUCUUCAGGAAGAAAAAUUGAUAUAUGGAGUAGAAAGAAUAGAUCUUCCCAUUUCAAACAAACAGUCAAAUCAGCAGCGACCUCCUAGCAUCAGCAUAACACUGUCAACAGAUUGAUAUCUGGCAAAUUGCUAGUAUGAAAAAGGAAUCUGACGAUUCUGUUGAUAGCGUUAUACAUUGUGCUAUCCAUAUUCCCUUUUUAAAAUCUAACCCCACAAAAUUUUGAUAUUGUUAGUUUGACUUGUAUUUGACAGUGUGUCUAGAUUAUAAUUUUUAAUUAUUUUGCAUUAAGUUUUAACUGUUAUUAAUAGCCUACAGGGUUUUUUCCCCCUUAGGUCAUUUGACUUUACACUUCAACUUCUUAUUGUUUACAUGCCCCUAUGAAAACAAUUAACAACUAUCAUUGGCAGGCUGUGUUUGGCCAUGCUGUGCGUGUGUGCGUGUGUUCUAAAAUAUAGACUCCAGAGCAAAGGGAUCCUCUUUCUCAGGAUGUGUCUGUUCAGUAACUACUUUGCAGCAGUGACUGAAGUUUUCUAUUAGCAGAGGUUUGUGACUCAGGAAUGAAAUUUUGGAUGAUAUUGCAAUAGGUCCAUACAAUAAAAUCACAACAUCAGACCAUGCCAGAGAAGAUGUGUUAAUGUGAGAGGUGUACUUUGUUAUAGGUCUACAGUGUUUUAUAUUAAAUGGAAACUUUCAUAGCAGUAGGCCAGGUCUGUGUGUGCUUUACGUAGCUCAUGAUCGCCAAUGUGUUUGUGUAUCACUUGAGUUGCGUAUUUAUGUAAGUAUAUGAAAACUGAUUUUUUGUAUGAUGUAUUUCUGUAAACACUUGGUUGAAAACUUGGCUCCAAAAGUUAUACAAUAGCAGAGCAAACUUCUGUUAGAACUGGAGUUUUCUGUGAUGAAAAUACCAUAAUAGUCAGAAAAGUGAUUCCUAAAAAUGGCACAUGUUGGGUUUCAUGUUUGAUUCUGUGAGUUACCAAAUAUGCUCAGUUCAGAAGGUGUGUGUGUGUGGGGGGGGGGGGGAUUUCUCAUCAGUCCUGUUAACUAAAGUGAAGGCGGGAAGGUAAGAUUUUAUUAUUAUUAUUCAUGGCUCACACUUCUACUGGUAGUAAAUAUUUUUCAGUUGGAAUUCUAUGAUCCGUUCUGAUGAGUGAGCUAGAAGAGCUUCCAGCAAGUUCCCCUACCUACAUUGAUUGCAAUACCUGUUUACUCACACUUUUUGCCCAUAACCACACUUGAAGAGCCAGGAUAGUCAGGCUGUUGAGGAAAGAGACUGUAAAUAUUUUUUUCUUUCCAUUUCCUCUGUGGUGUGGUGGGAUUCAGAAUUACAAACUGCCCUCCUGCUCACUCCAAGCUACUGUGUUCUGUCAGAACAUGUAGUGACACUAGUUUUUUAUCAAGUUAUCAGGAGUAAGUGCAAAGCUCCUAAUUAGAAAGUCAUUCUCAGCAUUUUUCAUCGCUGUAUGGAAAAUGUGCUCAUAAUUACAAUAUCAGUAUGAUUAUGCUGGUCUUGACACCUGUUGCAUUGAAUCAAGCACAUCAUUUUAAUGGAAUAAUGUGUUUAAAGAUAAAGCUUGCUCUCAAAUGAGGUUAGGAGACUAUUACAAAGGGACCUGUAAAAAUUAAUCUUGGAAGCACAAAGGGAAAUUAUUCUGUGAUUAAUGACUAAUUUCAUUUAUGUUGUAACUUAAUUUUGUAAUUUUUGUUUGUUGUAACAUGUAACUAAGUUACCAUUAUUUUGCUAGCUUGAAACUACAAAAUAUCAAAUACUUUGAGGUUACUAUGGUAAUGCAGUGGUUCUCAAACUUUAACAACCUGAGAACCCCCAUUUUGAUUUACAGUUUUUCGGGAACUCUUUGCCCCAACCCUUCACUGAUGCUGCACAUCUGUUCUGAGGCCCCACCCUCACUCAGGCCAUCCUCCCUCCUUCUGUUGCUCUCUCUCCCACACUUUAACUCACUUUCACCCAGCUGGGGUGUUAUGGUGUGGGAGGGGAGGUGAGAGCUCCAUCUGGAGAUGCAGGCUCUGGGUGGGACCAGGGAUGAGGGUUUGGGGUUAAGAGGGGGCUGUGGGCUAUGAGAGGGUGAGUGGAGUUCUGGCGGCACUUACCACACACAGCUCCCAGCUGGUGACCAUCAAGUCCCUGCAGCCCCUAGGUGCCUGGGCAGCCAAGGAAGCUAUGCAGGCUGACCUCAUGGCUGCAGUCACUACCCUUGCAGCUUCCAUUGAUUGCAGUUCCUGGUCAGUGGGAGCUGUGGAACUGGCACUUAGAUGGGGACAAUAUGUGGAACCUCCCUAGCUGCCCAUGCAUCUAGCAGCCACAGGAACCUGGUGUCCACUUUCAGGAGCCAUGUGAAACCUGGAUAGGUAGGGAGCCUGCCUUAGUCCAAAGAGGA